AUCAUGACGAACUUGGUCUCGUCAAUUCUCUCAUUUUUCUCCUUGGAGACUCUUGAUACAAGACUACAUGCCCCUUCAAAUACAGAAAGAAAACAAGCCAUCAUAGCAAGAGCCAACCCCACAUCAAAAUGGAAUACUUUGGAAUAUAAAUUCUAUGCAUUGGUAUUCAUUGUGACAGUUCCAUUGAUGUAUAAGACUGCCAUGGAUGCGUCCAAUGAAACAAACCCAAAUUACCCGAAAUUUGAACAUUUAUUGAGUCAAGGUUGGAUGUUUGGAAGGAAAGUCGAUAAUUCAGAUCAACAAUAUAGAUUCUUCAGAAAUAACAUCCCCAUGCUCUUUGGAAUGAUUGUAUUACACACAUGUACAAGAAGGGUACUGAAUUGGGCAUUCCAAAUUAAGAGAAGAACUUCAUUUGACUUUAUAUUCGGUCUUGGGUUUUUAGUAGUGGCUCAUGGAACAAAUUGUUUCAAGAUUUUACUUCAUAUUGCCAUCAAUUAUAUCAUUGGAAGAUAUAUAACUAAUAGAAAAAUUGCAAUACUCGUAUCAUGGGUGUAUGGUAUUCUGUCAUUAUUCUUGAAUGAUGCAGUCCGUAAUACCCCAUAUGGAAUUGGAUUUCUUGAUAAUGGCUACAAAGGUUUGGUCCCUAGAUGGGAUGUAUUCUUUAACUUUACCUUAUUAAGAAUGUUAUCCUUUAAUUUUGAUUAUUUGGAACGUAAACAAAAAUUAUCGGAAGAUAGAGAAAAAAGUGCUGGAACUGAAAUGGGUGGAGGCGUUGAAUGUUUAUCCUUGAACUUGCCUCCACUUGAUGAUAGAAGUCGUUUAACCGCACCAUUACCAUUGAGUGACUAUUCUAUCCCAAACUAUAUUGCAUACGUCUUGUAUACACCAUUAUUCAUUGCAGGUCCAGUGGUUACUUUCAAUGAUUUCAUUUAUCAAUCAAAUUAUAAUCAAGUCUCAUCAGUAAAGAAUUAUAAAAGAACAUUCAUUUACUUUUUAAGAUUGGUUUUUUGUAUUCUUGUGAUGGAAUUUCUUCUUCAUUUCAUGUAUGUGGUUGCUGUAUCAAAGACUAAGGCUUGGCAAGGUGAUACUCCUUUCCAAAUCUCGAUGAUUGGAUUAUUCAAUUUAAAUCUCAUUUGGCUUAAGCUCUUAAUUCCUUGGAGAAUCUUCCGUUUUUGGAGUUUAUUAGAUGGAAUUGAUCCUCCAGAAAAUAUGAUUAGAUGUAUGGACAAUAAUUAUUCUGCAUUGGCAUUUUGGAGAGCAUGGCAUAGAUCUUAUAACAGAUGGGUUGUAAGGUAUAUUUACGUUCCUCUUGGAGGCGGAGGCAAUUACCGAAUUGUCAAUAGUCUUUGUGUCUUCAGUUUUGUUGCAGUUUGGCAUGAUAUUGAACUCAAAAUGUUAAUGUGGGGUUGGUUAGUGGUGAUUUUCUUACUUCCAGAACUUGGUGCAACCAUGUAUUUUAAAAGAUUCCAAAAUCAAUGGUGGUAUAAUUAUUUGUGUGGAAUUGGGGCAGUAGCCAACAUUUGGAUGAUGAUGCUUGCCAAUUUGUUUGGUUUCUGUUUAGGUAAAGAUGGUACUCUUGAUUUAUUACUGGAGAUGUUUGGUACAGUUUCUGGAAUUGAAUUUUUCAUUCUUUCUCUGGGUGCAUUAUUUGUUGGAUCACAAGUAAUGUUUGAACUUAGAGAAAGUGAAAUGAGAAGAGGUGUUAAUGUGAGAUGUUAA